GCUCGCGUGCUAGCGGAGUGGAGGAGUGGAGGACGAGUGUAGAGGCUGAGAAACUGCAACUGAGUUUACAAAAAAGCUUUAAUAUCAUGGUAACCAUAACACCAGUCGUGUACAAACUAGUAAGCUAUGUGCCCUUUGUGCUUGUGCUGCUCGAUCUUCGAUAUGAAGGAGUGCUAUGCAGCAGUGAGAACAGCGUAGAGAAGCACCUGGAGAUGGGGAAGAAGCUCCUGGCUGCCGGACAGCUGGCUGACGCACUUUCCCAUUUCCACGCAGCUGUUGAUGGUGACCCGAAAAACUACAUGGCCUACUACAGAAGAGCCACCGUCUACCUGGCCAUGGGCAAGUCUAAAUCCGCUUUACCGGAUCUAAGCAAAGUCAUCGAACUUAAACCUGAUUUCACAUCGGCGAGACUUCAGAGAGGGAGCCUACUACUGAAACAGGGAAAGCUCGAUGAAGCUGAGAGUGAUUUCAAAAAAGUGCUGAAAUCGAACCCCAGCAGCAGAGAGGAGCAGGAAGCACAGAGCCAGCUGAAGAAAUCGGAUGAAAUCCAAAGAUUGGUGACUGAGGCUCGGAGCAGUUUCAAGCGCAAAGACUACAGCUCAGCGGCUGCGCUACUGGACACAGUUAUUGAAACGUGUGUGUGGGACGUUUACUCCAGAGAGCUCCGAGCUGAGUGCUUCAUUCAGCUGGGUGAGUUGGGCAAAGCCAUCAGCGACCUUAAAGCAGUAUCCAAACUGAAGAACGACAACACACAGGCUUUCUACCAGCUCAGUACCAUCUAUUAUAACAUGGGAGAUCAUGAGAUGUCCCUCAAUGAAGUGCGAGAGUGUUUGAAGCUGGACCCUGACCACAAGCAGUGCUUCAGCCACUAUAAGCAGGUGAAGAAGCUCAACAAGCAGAUCAUGUCAGCUGAGGAGCUGAUCCAGCAGCAGAGGUAUGGAGAUGCAGUAAGUAAGUAUGAGUCAGUUAUGAAGACGGAGCCGAAUGUGCCACAGUACACUAUUCAUGCCAAGGAGCGCAUAUGCCACUGUCUUUCUAAGGAUCAGCAAGGUGCUAAAGCAAUCCCAGUGUGCAGUGAAGUCCUGAGCUCAGACCCACAGAAUGUGAACGCUCUAAAAGACAGAGCAGAGGCCUACCUCCAAGAUGAACAAUAUGAAAACGCCAUUAAGGACUUUGAGAGUGCAAAGGAGUACAGCGAGAAUGACCGUCAGAUAAAGGAGGGACUGGAGAGAGCACAGCGCCUCCUCAAGCAGUCCCAGAAGAGAGACUACUACAAGAUCCUGGGGGUCAAGAGGACAGCCCAGAAGAAGGAGAUCAUUAAAGCCUACAGGAAAUUGGCACAGCAGUGGCACCCAGACAACUUCCAGGAUCCUGAAGAGAAGAAAAAGGCUGAGAAGAAGUUCAUAGACAUCGCACAGGCCAAGGAAGUGCUCACUGAUCCAGAAAUGAGGAGUUCGUUUGACCAGGGUGAAGACCCUCUGGACCCUGAGAGCAAGCAGGGAGGAGGCCAUCACCACUUCCACGGGGCUUGGGAGAGCUUCCAGGGCUUUAACCCUUUUGGUUCUGGACCGUUCAACUUUAAAUUCAAUUUUAACUGAGGUCAUGCAGGAGGACAGGAGCUCGGAUCAGCCUGAUCUGAAUUUAUACACUCAGGCAUCCAGAGAGAAGUGCAAUCUGCUGAGCCUAAUUGACACUAACUGCCAGAGGUGUGGCUACAGAAGCUGCUGUGGCAUUAAGACGCAUCCCAUGCUGUUGAAUAUUCUCGGACUUGCUGAGCGGAAAAGCAGUGUUUUUUUUCUUCAGGGAACUUCAGAGUGUAGGUUUUCAUUCCCAAGCAACCAAUUAUCCUAAAACUAUUGUGUGUAUAUAGGACACUGCACUAUUUUUCUAUGAAUUAAAUAAUGCUGCAUUGUAAAUACAGAAAUAAAAAGAUGUCAUUGCUUAUUUAAUUAACAAGAAACUCUGCUUUUCUCCGAUUUCAUUGUUCUAGAGUCCUGUCCAAAUCACAAGCAGAUGAUUCCUGCUAGUUGAACUUUGAAUUUAAUUCAAUUUUAUUUCUGUAGCACUUUUAACAAUAGAAACA